UCAAACCUAAUGGAAAGUUAUGUCUUCAUAAAUCUAAAAGAAAUGCGAACAAUACCUUUUCAAUUGGUAAAACAUGGUCUUUAGAAGAGAUUAGGUGUAUAGAGGUUCUUGAUUCUGUCGCAUUUGUUAUCACGAUGAGCAAACCUUAUUGUUGGACUGCGGACAAGCAACGUGAAAGAACGGCUUUCUUGACAACUCUCUUAAAGGUUUACAAAAAAAACACGAAUCGACUUCCAAAAUUGAUCAACUUUGAAGACAGUAGUAUUUCGG